AAUCAAGGUUGCACGACAACAGGUGGUUCUAACGACGUAUGACAGAGAGAGAUUAUGAUAGGCGUGAACAUUCAUUGGAUGGGGUCAAGCGUACUCUACAAAAUUGUAAUCAGAUAUCAUGGCUGAAAAAGAGGAGCAAUGACACACUACCGUAGCUUAAAGAGCGAUGCUAGCGACAUCACGGGAGAAACCCUUCAGCAUAGGCCCACGCAAGCGGGCCAUUCCGAGGGCACUGUGGGCACACAAGCCGCGGUGAACUAGGCGCCCAUGUUCAAGUCGCGCUCUCCCUCUCACCUCGCCACUCUUCAUCUGCCACAUCUCGCACUCCGCUCAAUGGCCCACCUAUCUGGAGCUCACUACGCGUAUCAUCAACCGCUAGGCGAUGGACGAAAAGCGGCAAGACGCGUACCUAUGCAGCCUUUGUCUCGCCGUCGUCCCGAAAACUCGACAGCAGGUAGCACCCCAUAUAUUCGCGGCAACGCUAACUUGCCACCCGAACCUCCGUCCGCACCAAUAAAUCUGCGCAACGUUAAAGGUGACGGGACUGCCACACGACUACCGCGAAAUACGUGGUUGGAUGGUUUACCAAGUAUCGACAAUACACUCAUGAACCUUGUAUUAUGCAGACUCAUGGACGAGGCGACAAGCAAGUCGCUUUCCCGCCUGAGCUACUCUCCCCAAUCCUAGGGGAGAUGAAACUAAGUCAACUUGAUGGAGCUGGGACCAUACGUGGAGAUGGAAUCAUGACCA